AUGAUUGGAGGAAAAGCAAGUCAAGACUGGUUCCUUUCUACACAUCAUCCACGAUUUCUACAGAUUGUCACCAAUGCUACUUUUACUCCAGCUGUGUAUUUUGUAGUCGACGGACUUGAAGAACAUGUUCUUCAAACCGAUUAUAUUGAUGCACAAUUUCCAGCUUUGAAUGGACAUCGAUCGAUGUAUUGGGUCUAUCGUAGUCUAAAUUUUCUAAAAAAAAAUCAGAAUUUACCAUUACCAUUACGUAUUGAUUUUUCUUGUUAUAUCGAUCGUGAUAAAGCCACUUAUGCAAAUUUAACUAAACAUAUUUUGAAUGAUGCAUCAGCAUCUUUGUCUGUUCUUGGUGCUUCUGAUUUAUGUGGUGUUGCUGAAACCUAUUAUUUCAUUGAUGAUACACAACGAAAAAAAUAUGGACAAGCAUUUACAUUAGAAGCUUUGUUUAAUCCACAUGUUAAUCGACUCAGCUUUUGGACAACACUGAUGCUGGAGAACAAGGAAUAA